AUGCAGCGGCCACAUGCAGCGGCGCGCAGGGCCAGCCGGCAGGGCAGCACAGCCCGCCACCGCAACCAAAGGGCCGUAGCAGCAAAUCUAGGCAGCGAAGAGCGACAGGCGGGUGGCCCAGCAGCGGCGGCGCAGGCGGUGGACGAGCGGCAGCACGACUCCUUGCCAGAAGCGCCGCUCGAGGCAGCGAUCGCAGCUGUGGAGGGCAACGCUACCCUAGCUCUGCCUGGAGGGAGGGAGCUGGAGGGCUUUGCUUACCUCCUGGUGGUGGCCCUGCUGUGGGGCUCAUACGGCCCCGCCCUGCGGUUAGCAUACAACCUGCCGGGCCCGCCCACGCCGGUGGCAGUGACUGCGGUCAGCGCUGUUAUUGAGUUAGUCGUGCUGCUGGGCGCAGCGCUGGUGCGCGUGGCGGUGGCAGCAAGCGCGGGAGCCGGGCCAGGAUCGCAGGGGGAGAUGCAGCAGCAGGAGCAGGGGACUGCCGUGGAGUUGCCGUGGCGCUGGCUGGUGCUGCCUGCGGCGGUGCUUGCAGGCCUAGAGAUAGGGCUGUACAACACGGCAGCCAGCUACACACAGAUCGCGGGGCUGGCGCUGACCAGCGCCACCCGCGCCGCCUUCCUCAUCCAAGCCUCCAUCCUGUUCACACCCAUCCUGUCCUCCUUUGCCGGCAUGGCGCCCAGCAGGCCGGUGUGGCUGGGCAGCGUGCUGGCGCUGGUCGGCACGGUCAUCAUCACCCAGGACCCCAGCGGGGCAUCGGUGCCGGAUGCGGCAGCCGCCGUAGCAACCGGAGGCCUGGGCCUGGCUGCUGGGGAUGUGCUGACCCUGCUAGCAGCAAUCAGCUACUCGGUUGCCACUGUGCGGAUGCCGGUGUGGGCGGUGAAGCACAGAGUCACGCCGCUGCAGCUGGCGCUGGGCAAGUCUGCCUUCUUGACGGCGGUGGCAGCUGGAGUGGCGGCGCUCCAGGCGGGGCAGCUUGCCGCAGCAGGCCAGCCCGCCGCGGCGCUGUGGCCGGGGUGGCAGAGUGCCGAGGGCUGGGGCAUCAUGCUGUGGGCUGCGCUGGGACCAGGGGCGCUGGCCAGCGUGCUGGUCGUCAAGGGCCAGGCGCUCGUCUCGCCCUCAGCCGCCCAGAUCAUGUUCAGCACCAUCCCUCUGUGGUCGGCCCUGCUGGCCGCGGCGGUGCUGCAGGAGCAGGUGGGCCCGCUGACGUGGGCGGGCGGCGCUGUGGUCGCUGCGGCAGGGCUGGUAGCGGCGCUGGGGCGCCCAGGGCGCCAGAUCCCGACCACAGACGCGCCCAAGCUCUGA